UGUCACGAUAACCUAGAUCGUUUUCUAACUAAAUAGCUUCCUGGUAGACAUAGAUUUUAGAAAAACGUAAAAGAAAUUGAUUUUUUGUCAUACAUACAGCUGACUUUUUGUUUAAAAAGGAUCGAGAUCAUGGCAUCAAGUAAAAUGAUAACAUGCGGACCUUGUCAACAAGGUAAAGUGAACACUUCAGCUGAUAUCUGUUGUUACAAUUGUGAUGAAGGAUUAUGCUCUACAUGUUUCAGCCUUCAUGAAAGAUUGAAAUUAACUCAUGAUCAUGAAACAAUUGAUAUUCAAACCUAUAAACCUUCCUUUGGCUCUAAUAAAACAGAAUGUGACACCCAUCGUCAACAGCUCAGGUUGUACUGCCCAAGUCAUUUAAUGCCUUGCUGUGAUGAAUGCAUUUCUAAGGGUCAUUCAAAAUGUACUGGAAUAAAAAGUUUAGCGAAUGUAGUGGAUCAAACUAAGAUUGAAAAAUCAAAAAAAUCUGUAGAAAAAGAUAUAACCUCCAUCUUACAACUCUUGGAUAAAAUGGCUAACAACAAAUCAGAAAACAUACAAAGAGGAGAACAACAAUACCAAAUCAUAAAGGAAUCAAUCAGUAAAAUACGGAAGGAAAUCAAUAAACAUUUGGACCAGUUAGAGAAGAAAAUAUACAAAGAAGCAGAUACUAUAUGGGGCUUGGAGAAAUCAAAAUUAACAGGUUUCAUUGUGGAAAUUGAAGAAAAAAGGAAAAGCUUAAAGGAAAUGCAAGAAGAUUUACAUGCUGUUAAAGUACAUACUUCAACACUCCAAUCAUUUCUAGGAAUACAUCAGAUUGAUCAACAAGUACAUCGAUGUAUACAACACGUUGAAGAAAAAAAUAAGGCGGUUAGAGAAGUUGACAUCAAGAUAAAGCAAAAUGACGAGAUACAACAUAUUUUUAGAAAAAUGCAAUCAUUAAUUUCCUUAGGAGAAGUGAAGGUUGAUGAAACUGAAAUAACCUUCACAAAAGAGACAAGUGUGAACAGGGGAGCACAAGUAGAAUCACAAGAACAACCAAAGAUAAACAAAAUGACAAUGAAUACUGAAACAAAGAUACAGACCAAUUUAACGGAUAUAAGUUUUAGUUAUAUUCCUAUAUAGAGGAGGGCUACGAUAUUAUAUCGUGAUUCUGAAUUUUUGAAGAAAAGUGUAUGGCCCAGGCAAAACAGAGAAAACAAUUAUCUUGAAUAAGUUCGUUUUAAUUUAAUUGGUGAAAGAAUAAUCUGCUUUUCCGCAGUAAAAAUAUCAUGAAUCCGGAGAAAAAAGCAAAGCACACACUCUUUUACAAAGUCAAUAAAAUAAAUUACUUACCAAGUGACUUGUAUUAUCCAUAUGCCGAACCAAUUCAUUUGUUCCUUGGGUCAUGCAAUUGCAAUAAAUUUUAGUUCAGCUA